CAAAUGUUCCCGCGAUCUCCCUCUUUUCAAUUUGCUGUUGUGAGCCUGCAGUCAAUAACAGUACAGGAUGUUUUCCGUGCGUCAAAGGUUCAAGGUCGUACAAACGACCGUCUUAAACAGUGCCGAAAGUAUUUCACCUGAAGAUGUCCCGAAAAUCCUAACUUUCAAUGAACUUGCGGACUGGCAGAGAGAUAAUGAAUACAUAGUGUCGGGUUAUCGAAGACUUCAGUAUCACUGGAAAGGGUGUUUCCGCUCUGUUUAUGCCUAUUUACACAACGAAACAGUUAAUAUUCACAGCCAUCUUUGGGGAGCCGUUCUGUUUUUCUAUCUUCUCGUGGCGGAACGACCGAUACAUCUCACAACUAAACUGGCCGGCACCCUGGAUUCUGCCGUUCUCUCCGUGUUUUUCGCUUCUGCGGUGGUCUGCCUCGCGGCAAGUGCUUUCUAUCACACAUUCACCUGUCAUUCUGAAGAGGUUGCUUCUCGAUGUCAUUCACUUGACUAUUCUGGCAUCAUCAUCUUGAUAGUGGGAUCGUUUUAUCCGAGUCUGUAUUACGGGUUUUUUUGCGAGCCUUACCUUCAAUUACUCUAUAUCACGUCAAUAACACUCGUCGGUCUUGGCGCCGCCUACAUCGUACUCGACCCAGAGUACGCCAAACCCACACAUCGCGGGACACGCACUGGGGUCUUCGUUGGGCUCGGCCUUUGUGCAAUAUUUCCAGUGGCUCACUGGACUUUUGUUCAUGGGAUAGGCCAAAUGUUUCGCGAAAUGGGUUUUUCCUGGCUCCUCGUUUCUGGCUGUACUUACUUUGUCGGUGCCUUACUUUACGCAAACCGUGUCCCAGAACGCUUUCUACCCGGACGCUUUGACUAUUUUUUUGCUUCACACCAGAUAUUUCACUUUUGUGUGAUCUUCGCGGCGCUGGCACACUACGCAUUCAUCUUGACGGCGAUUGAACACACAUACACUCGUUUAGUAUGCCUCGCAGCUCGCUGACAAGCCUAACAGGACGAUUUGUCUGUUCCCUGCAGCGAGUAGAUCGAUAAUUCUGUCGUAUUCUAAUCCAGGCUGUCAAGUUCACAUCGCAAACCCCGGUCGAACAAAAAUGGUCGCGGUAAAUUAACACUUUCCCGCCCCCGUCCAGCUCGACCAAGGAUCAGCGGCCUCAGCCCUUAUUAAAUGCCUGCAGGCUGACACCGUCUCAAGCUCUCGAACGGC